AUGCAUAGGUCUGCAAGCUGGAACAGGUUCUCUGAUGAUUACUUCAAGCAUGCGUCUUCAUCACCUUCUACAGGUCACAGAUCAUCUUAUUCUUCGUUGGAUGGGAACAACUUGCCAAUAACAUAUGACCCCAUUGCAGAUUUGGCUAAGAAGGAGAGGGCACGUGUUAAGUUUGCUGAGAAUGCAGUGCAUGUUAUUCCUUUAGUGCUGCUUGUUUGUGCCUUCAUUCUUUGGCUCUUUUCAAAUCCAGAUGUGGGCAUUCUAGGAGAUCCUAUGGGAGCAAGAAUCGAAGGAUUAAGUAUUGAAGGAGAAAUUGAACAUGAUACGGACGGUACUCAAACGGGCUUCUUACCUAUUGUGAACUCAGAAGAAACGAACACAAAAGAACUUGGAACUGAAAAGGAUUCGAUAACUCUAAAGAAUUUUUAG